AUGGCCAAGGCCCCAACUCAUGGAGCCAACCGUAACGACUCCCACCACCCAGAAGCUGCUUCUGGACCAAGCCAAGAGGACAGAAGACUCCUCUCUGACGACCCCCUCGCCCACGAUGAACCCCACGACGGCAGCGUCGCCAGCGGCGGCGGCGGCGGGUACUUUGUGACGAAGCAUGCGACAUCCCUCCGCUCGCCCGGAACGCCACGGACCCCGAACCGCGUCCGCUUCAACCCAAUACCCUCCAUUUUCGAACCGCCACCGCCGCGCGCCUCCAUGACGAGGAGCAAUGGCUCCGCUCGCCACAGCCGCGACAGUUUUGACGUCGACGACGAGCUCUUUCAGCACGCACCCAGCGGCGACGACCACGACGAGCACCACCGCCUGCCCCUGCUGACCGACAUAGAGGCUCCCUCGGUCGCUCUCGCCAACAGUCCCUGGGGCGCCGGCGGCGAAGACGUACAGGAGUGGGCUGAGCAGGAGCGCGCACGACCCAAGUCAGGUCUGCGCAUGGCUUUUAUGAACAUGGCCAAUUCUAUCAUUGGCGCUGGCAUCAUCGGCCAGCCCUACGCCUUCAAGCAGGCGGGACUGCUGGCCGGUACCAUCCUGCUGGUCGUCCUCACAAUUGUCGUCGACUGGACCAUCUGCCUGAUUGUCAUUAACAGCAAGCUUUCCGGGAGCAACAGUUUCCAGGGGACAGUGGAACACUGCUUCGGCAGGACUGGGCUCAUCGCCAUCUCCGUUGCGCAAUGGGCGUUUGCAUUCGGUGGCAUGGUCGCCUUUGGAAUCAUCGUCGGCGACUCGAUACCACCCGUUCUCAUGGCCAUCUGGCCCGAUUUGAGGCAGAUGCCGGUAUUUGGCCUCUUGGCGAACCGGCAGGUCGUCAUUGUGAUUUUUGUCCUAGGCAUUAGCUACCCGUUGACCUUGUACCGGGAUAUCGCAAAACUGGCGAAAGCAAGCACGUUGGCUCUCAUUAGCAUGGGAGUCAUCGUGACAACCGUCGUGGUUCAGGGAGCUCUUACUCCUAAGUCAGAGCGUGGUUCCUUCUCACCCGCCCUUUUGACUGUGAAUACCGGCAUCUUUGAAGCCAUCGGAGUGAUUUCUUUCGCCUUCGUUUGCCACCACAAUUCCCUUCUCAUCUAUGGCUCCCUCAAGACGCCGACGAUCGACCGCUUUUCACGCGUCACGCAUUACUCGACCGGCAUCUCCAUGGUUGCCUGCCUCUUGAUGGCCCUGGCAGGGUUUCUAACCUUUGGUGAUAAAACGCUCGGCAACGUUCUCAACAACUUCCCCUCGGACAAUGUGAUGGUCACCCUGGCCCGCCUGUGCUUUGGUCUGAACAUGCUGACGACGCUUCCCCUCGAGGGAUUCGUUUGCCGCGAAGUUAUGUUCAACUACUUCUUCCCGGGCGAGCCUUUCAACAUGAACCUCCACCUCAUCUUUAGCUCUGCCCUCGUUGUUUCUGCCAUGAUCAUUAGUCUUCUCACAUGCGACGUCGGCGUCGUUUUUGAGCUCGUGGGUGCCACCUCGGCGUGUGCGAUGGCAUAUAUUCUCCCGCCGUUAUGCUACAUCAAGCUCACCACCAGGUCGUGGAAGACAUACGUUGCCGCUGGCAUCGUCGUUUUCGGCACCUUGGUCAUGGUGAUCAGUUUGGUACAAGCGAUCGCCAAGAUGAUUCGCAACGAUGGCGGACCGGCGCAGUGCAUGUAA